AUGACUGAUAGAAAUACAAAUAACGUUGAUGUAUUGGUAAUUGGCGGUGGAAUAUCCGGUUUAUAUUGUGCAAAUUUCAUUAAAAAAAAAGCACCACAUCUAUCGGUUCUUGUUUUAGAAGCAAAAGAUCGUCUUGGUGGUCGAACAUUAACGAUGAAUAUGAAAACAAAAGAGAAUGGAAAUGACUAUUUUGAUAUUGGUGGACAAUGGGUCACAGAUACACAAAAAAACGUCACGCAAUUAUUAAAAGAAUUGGGUCUCGAAACUUAUAAACAAUAUCAUAAGGGAAAAAGCAUUGUUGAAAUAAAUACAUGUGUACAGAGUUAUUCAUUACCAUUGCCAUUUGUCUCUUUAUUAUCAUUUUUAGAAACAAUCUACUCAAUAUUUAAACUUGAAUAUUAUGUGUCAAAAGUACCAAUGUGGAAUCCAAUGGAUAAACAUGAUGCACGUAAAUUAGACACAUUAACACUCAAAUGUUUAAUGAAACCAUUGAUUAAUAAUAUUGCUUAUCCGUUGAUGAGUGCAGCCACACGUACAAUAUUCGGAGCUGAACCAGAACAGAUUAAUGCACUAUUUGCCUUAACGUACGCACAAGCCGGUGGAGGAUUUAUGAAACUUAGUUUAACGGAUGCUGGUUGUGCACAAGAAUUAAAAAUAAAAGGUGGAUCACAAGAAAUUUCAAAAUUAUUAGCCAAACAAAUUGGUGAAAAAUCUGUUCUUCUAGAGAAACCUGUUCAAAAAAUUAUACAGUCUAAAAACAGUGUACCACUUGAAUUUGAGCCGAUGUUACCAGGUUCAAAGCGAGAGCUUAUGAAACAUAUGCCCGUGGGCAGCUAUAUCAAGUUUAUCUUUACAUUUGAGAAAGCAUUUUGGAGAGAAAAUGGUUUUAGCGGCGAAGUAAUAUCGGAUGGAAGUUGGUCAAUGGGACAAGCAAUAGGACCAAUGACAUAUUUAAUUGAUGGUACAAGUUGUCAUGAUUCACCUGCAUUGUUAGGUUUUAUUGGAGGCAAAUGUGCAGCAAUAUGGACAAAUGUUUCGAUGGAAGAACGUCGUGAUCGAUUAUGUGAAUGUCUUACACGAUAUUUUGGAAAAGAUUGUUUUGAUUAUAUCGAUUAUCUUGAAAAGUAUUUACGAAAACGACUUUGGAAAGAUUUUAGUAUUCAUUUUGCUGGUACCGAAACUGCAAGUGUAUGGAUGGGUUACAUGGAUGGUGCCAUUGAUGCUGGACGACGAGCUGCUUGUGAAGUUCUACAUGCUCUGGCUGUUGAACCAUUAUCGACCGAGGAUCUUGCAUGCACAUAUCAAAAUCGUUGUACAGAAUAUGAACAUAAAAAAAGGGAAAAAUCACAAUACCCCACCUAUCGUUAUUUAUUUUCAUUUAUUGUUGUUGUACUAGCAUUUUUAUUCUAUAUCGUGUAUACAAAGUGA